AUGAGGCUCCCUCCUGGUUUGACUAUUGAUUAUCCAGCUAGCUCUUCUUCCACUACUGGUCCUCUUAUUUGCAAGCUUCAAAAGUCUCUCUAUGGGCUGAUACAAGCUUCUAGGAAGUGUCAGGAUUGUUCCCCUAUGGUUUGUCCACUUGAGCUUAAUACCAAGCUUCAGGCCAAUGUUGGUGAUCCCCUUCCUAAUCCUACUGAUUACAGAUGUUUAGUUGGGAAAUUCAAUUUUCUCACACAUACGCAACCUGAUAUUUGCUUUGUUGUACAAUAUUUUAUCCAAUAUAUGCAACAUCCUUGUGUUCCCCACAUGAAUGUUGCAUUGCAUUUACUCAGAUAUAUCAAGGGUACUAGUAAAUCUGGCAUUUUCCUUUCGGCAUCUCCUGAUUUGUCUCUUACUGCUUAUUGUGAUAGUGAUUGGGGUGCUUAUGCUGAUAGUUGCAAAUCUAUGACUGGUUUUUGUAUAUUCUUGGGCGACAGUCUGGUUAGUUGGAAAUCUAAGAAACAGGUUACUAUUUCUCUUUCUUCGGCUGAGGCUAAGUAUAGGGCCAUGAGUAAGGCGGCUGUUGAGAUCACUUGGAUCACUUGUCUACGGUCUGAUUUUGGUUUAUCUAGUCUAACACUUGUGCCUUUGUUGUGUGAUAAUCAGGUUGCUAUCCAUAUUGCUAGGAAUCCCAUCUUUCACGAGCGAACAAAGCAUACAGAGUUGGACUGUCACUUUGUUCGAACUAAGCUUUCUGAUGGACUGAUCUCCUUAUCUCACACAUGCAGUUCCUCUUAG